GAGGAAGCUUCUGCGCAGCGCUCCCGGUUUGAGACCUUGGCGGCUGGUUCGAGACGGCGUUUCGGAUUUGUUUUGAGUUUUCUUGCAUAGUUUUGUUUCGGUUGCAGAUUGGAUUGCGGUUUCAUUCCAGCAAGAUUUCGCUGAGCGACGACUGACCGCCUCUCUCUCUCCCCGACGCGUAGCCGCCGCCAUGGACAUGAUGAUGUCAGCCAACAACGCCAUCCUGAACACCAGGACGUCGGUGGACAGGCUCACCAACAGCCUGGACGACCUGGCAGAGUCGGUGGGCACGGCAGCCUUCGUCGCCAUCAUGGCCGGCGCCUUCGCCCUCAGCGCCGGCCUCGGCAACGCGUCCCUCGUGGCCCUUGCCAGGAUCGACGAGUCCUUCUUCCAGCCGCUCAUUGCCAGGAUCAGCAGCAGCGAGACGUGGGCGGACUUCUUCGGCUCCGUCCUGGACGAAAGUGGAGUUUGUGGUUUGAUGAUCUCGGUGUACCAGUUACUAAAUGCUAAUCGUGGUGUCCGGGCUCCCAGCAGGCGCUCCUGCCUCCCCGAUGAGUCUCAACACAGCAGCAGACAUCCUAGACUGAUCACAGGAGCCUACGCUAAGUAUGGCAGACGACGGCGCUCGAACUAA